ACAAAAAAGCGAAUUGAAUGAAUUGAAUUGAAUUCUGAAUUGGCAUUGUCAAGGUAACGUAACUCGGUUCAGUCUGUCUUUCUCAACGUUUAUCGCAAUUGUUUCGAAUUUCUCUGAUACUUAUUUUUAUUGACUUUCACGCUUAACAAUUAUAAAAAGAUGUCGAGCACAUCACAGAAACAUCGCAACUUCGUAGUUGAGCCGAUGGGGGACAAGGCUGUCACAGAGCUGGCUGGAAUUGGAGAAGUUCUGGGGAAAAGAUUAGAAGGUCAAGGCUUUGACAAGGCGUACGUUGUCCUUGGUCAAUUCCUGGUGCUGAAGAAGAACAAAGAGUUGUUCCAAGACUGGAUGCGAGACACCUGCCAAGCCAACGCGAAACAGUCUGCAGAUUGUUUCCAGUGUCUGUCCGAUUGGUGUGACGAGUUUUUGUAAACACAAACGACAUGUACAUAUAACUUAUUUUUAUAUCUAUUAACCGCACUGUUGACAAAUUCUUGUGUAAUAUUUUAAAAGUGAAGUUCUUCAACAAGUAGAAUUUACGUUAUUUAAAUAUUUUGAUACUUGUUCAAUUUUAAUAUUCGAGAGCUUUACGGAUGUUGGAAUAUGUGCUGAAAUAAGUGCGUUAAUAAAACAGGAACAAAUGAGUCUGUUAAGUCACUAGGAUAAGAUAUGUUAAGUUGGAUUAAUAAUUUUGCUCUAAAUGUUUAGUUAAUUUUGUGUGCAUAUGUUUUGUAGUUUUUUGAAAGCGCAGCAACUUUUCAUAUUACUAAACUUAAGAGUUGUUAAACACCUCUUCUCAUUAAAAUAAAUAAUUUAUCGUUACAACCUCAGUUAAAUUUAAUUUUAAUUUUUGCUGACAAUGCUGCAUCUUUUAUCAUUUUAGAUCAUAACUUAAAUUUGUAAUGUUUAGAACUAGUUCACUGAAAAAUGCAUUUAUUAAAUUUAACUUGUUUCCAGAUUUGUAUGACUGAAAAGUGUUGUAGUUCUAUUUCUACCAUUAAUGUUCUUUGUUAAUA